AAGCGGAACCGGAAGCGGAAGCGCCGCCAUCGCCCGGUAGCGGCGGCGACUAUCGCGACAUGGCGCUGUCGUCGCCGUCGGGCGGAGUGCGGCGGGCGCGGCAGCUGCUGCACGUCUCGGUGCUGGCGCAGAGCGCGUCCCCGUGCGGGCGGUUCCUGGCGGCCGCCAACGACUUCGGGGAGAUCGCCAUCUUCGGGCUGUCGGCGGCGCUGAGCGCGGAGGCCAAAGAGGAGAACCGGAGAGCGGUGGCGGUGGUGAGGGCCCAUAAUGGCCCCGUUUACUCGUUGGCCUCGACCGAGCGGCUCCUCCUGAGCGGCAGCGACGGAGAAAUCCGCGCCUGGAGCUGGGCCGAGCUGGGCCGCAAGGGCUGUCGGGAGCUCUGGACGCGGCGCCCGCCCUGCAGGAGCAGUCUGGAGGUGCCGGAGAUCAACGGGCUGGAGGUGAACCAGAGGGACCACUGGGUGGCGCUGGCGGGCGGGGACGGCGCCGUGCGCGUGUUGGAUUUGGAGAGCGGCGCCUUCACCCACGAGCUCCGGGGCCACCAGGACCUGGUUCACGUUGUGGCGCUUCGGGAGCAGCUCCCGCAGGUCCUGUCAGGGGGUGAGGACGGAACCGUGCGGCUCUGGGAUCUCCGGACGGGCGCUCAGGUGCAGCUGAUCGAGGUGCACAAGUACCAGGAGUGCAGCCGCCCGCAGCUGGGGAAGUGGAUUCGCUGUUUGGCCACCGAGAGCGACUGGAUGGUGUGCGGCGGCGGCCCCGCCCUGACGCUGUGGCACCUGCGCUCGGGGACACCGACCACCGUGUUCGGGCUGGCGCAGCCGCAGCACCACGCGCUCUUCCACCAGGACCUGGUGCUCUCGGGGGGGGUGGGUCCCGCCCUUCACCUGCUGCAGCUCAGUGGGGACGUGCGGGGGAAGGUCCCGGUGACACCUGCGGCGCUGCGCAGCCUCUGCCUCCACCCCCGCUCACCUGAGCACCAGGUGCUGACGGUGGCCGGAAACAGCCCCAAAAUCGACGUUUUCACCAACCUGGGCUACCGAGCGUUCUCCCUCAGCUUCACCUGAGACACACCUGGGCACACCUGGGGGCACCUGGGAUACACCUGGGCACACCUGGAGCACACCUGGACCCAACUGAGCUCACCUGGGGACACCUGGGGGUACCUGGGAUACACCUGGGCACACCUGGGGGUACCUUGGUGUGACCUGAACCCACCUGAGCCUCACCUGAGCCUCACCUGAACCCAUCUGAGCCUCACCUGGGCACACCUGGGGCAUACCUGGGGGCACCUGGGCACACCUGGGGGUACCUGGGCACUCAUCUGAACCCACCUGAGCUCACCUGGGCACACCUGGGAUACACCUGGGGCACACCUGGGGGUACCUUGGGCACACCUGGGCACACCUGGGGCACACCUGAGCUCACCUGAGCCCCUCCCCCAUCCCUCCCGGUUUUAUACAAACCCGAAUUUUGUAGUAAAAACCGCCAAAAUCCAAAA